AUGGCUCUCGAUUCGGCCUUUGCUGAUUUGGCGGAGCGCCUCAAAGGAUUAAAUCUGGAUUCCGAAGCGACCGCGUUGAUGCUGAAUAGCUUUCUCAAGGAGCGACAAGCACAAGCACAAGCAGAGCGGGAGAAGCGACAAGCAGAGCGGGAGGAGCGACAAGCACAGCGGGAGGAGCGACAAGCACAGCGGGAGGAGCGACAAGCACAAGCAGAGCGGGAGCAGCGAGCAGAGCGGGAGCGACGAGCAGAGCGGGAGCGGGAGCGGGAGGAGCGAAACGCAGUGGACCACUUCAUUGCCCCUGCCCUUGCUGCGACUUCGGCCCAGGUUGCUGUCUCCAGCCCAUCUGAGACGGAGCCGUUGGCUGACACAUCCGCAUCCACCCUCGCCACCAAGCUGGCGCCAGUGAGAAACCCCAUUUACUUGGUACACCAGGCAUCUCUUGGCUCAGCCAACAUGCACGCUGACUGGGUGGGGUUUGACGUCCUGCUGCGACCCGUCAUCGUGGGCGAGUGCAAAAUGAGCGCCCAGCACUUUGACGAAUUUGGUGGCCAAGUGGGCAACGAGGUUGUGCGCCUUGGCCUCUUGGGACCAAAAUACAAAAUGCGAAAGGACAGGCAGCACCCACUUCAUCCCUUCAUCAACAUUAAUGUGUGUGGUGACAUUGUGACCGCUUAUCUGGUCCUGCACUUGACCAGCAGUAACAUGGUUGCCACGAUUCAAAAGAUGAAGGGCCUUGAGAAGGAAUACUACGUGGCUUUUCUCCGACUUGGAUCCGCCCAAAUCUCCAAAAACCGCGCCGACCAUCAGGCUGUCUGGGCGCUUUUGACCGCUUGCAGAGAGUUUGUGACGGGUCGCCAGCAUCAGAUUAUCGAAAGCGGUCAUCGAUUUCCGCUUUCCUCCGAGCCCUUUCCCUGCCCGGCUCGGGGCAUGGCCGGAUGGACCUGCAAGGAAACGUACGGGCCCAAUGUGCAGCAGUACGUACAUGACAGUGCGGGCUCGUGGGUCAUCAAGCACUACGACUAUUGGGGCCGCCAAGCCGAGUCUUUGGGUACAACAAUGUACCAGAUUGGCGAUGACACUGCCCGCCUCCCACCAUCACGCGAUCUGCUCCGUGCGCUUGCCGAGUUGCCAGAGACGGGCAAGUUUUACCAGGCGUGGGUGUUGGAGGACCUUGCGACGAGCUUGGUGCUUCUCCGGUACCCACGAGUACAGACGGCCCCGUGCGGCCGUCAGGUGCCAAUGCAGCUGAUCGAUGUCAUGAAGCAGGUGCAAGUGUUGCACAAACUUGACUUGGUGCACGGCGACAUUUUGCCGCGCAACAUUCUCUUUUGCAACAGCUGGCAGCCGGAAGAUUGGAUGUUUCAGCCGCCCAGCUGGGAAAAGAAGGAGAAAGAGGAGGAGGAGGAGGAGGAGGAGAGCCAGCACAGCCCCGAGGCUCAGUCCGGCAAUGUGACGCCAUGUCAAAGCCGUCAGCCCUCGCACGACGAGCUUUCACUGAAAGACCUCGUCGUGGAAGCGGUCGCAGAGGAAGAGACUGUGCAAACGCAGCAAAGGCCGAAGCCGAUGGCUUUCCUGAUUGAUUUCGACCUGGGUGGGCCCUGUGAUGAAGCAACGUAUGGACCUCGUUACAACUACCAAGGCGGCCUUGAAAAGUACCGCCACGCCAAUGCCAGGCCCGGCGAGCGUUUACAAAAGGAGCACGACACCUAUUCUUUGGCACGUGUGGCCGAAGAUCUGCUCGAGGACAACGACGCCCGUAAACGGCUGGUCAGGGCGUUGGAGGCGGUCAAGUUGGACGAGGCGAUUGAGUUGUGCAGAGCCUGCACUGGGCGUUCAAGCACAAGCGUGAUCGCUACGGCAUCAGGUAGUCCACCACGCAUCAAGUCUUAAUCCAACUCUCUCCUACCUUGGCAAAUGUUGUCCUUUCCCAGAACCAGCUUGAUUCGGUUUGAGCGGACGCCGCGUGGCUAUUCAAUCAUGUCAAGUGUGUCGGGGCUCGGGCUCGGGCUGUGUUUUCAUGUGGUGCGGGUGCCCUGCUCAACCCAAGAAAGAAUCGUAUGGUCGUGCAAUGG